AUGGCUGAAGAGGAUGAAGUUAGCAUCAGCAGCAGCAACAGUCAGCCAAACAAGAAGAAAGCGAUCACUGUAGAACUGGAGAUUGAUGGUCCACUUGAUGACGAGGAUAAUUUUAGUGACUUGGACAUCAAUGGUGGUGCUGGUGCCGGUGACACUGAGCUGGUCAUUAACACUGCUGACGGAAACGAAAACGCUCAAAAUGCUUCAAAAGAACUGGAACAGCAGCAGCGAAAUUCAACUCAAGCUGGAAAGUUUCAGUGUACUGAGCCCGGUUGUGGCAAGCACUUCACGAUUAACUCUAACCUCAGACGACACCUUCGAACGCACAACAACACCCAAAAACCAUUUGGCUGCACCUACAAUGGAUGCACUUCAGAGUUUGGACAUCGUGAGCACGCUAUUCGCCACAUUCUCAAUGUGCACCUGCAAAACCCGGGAGAUGAUGGGGAGGGAAAUGGAGAUAACAACCAUCCUCCCGAUCCAACAACUUAUCUUAGCGUCAAAGAGGAGUCUAUUUGA